AUGGGCGCCUUGAACAUCGCAACCGAUCUUGCUUUGAUUCUCUUCCCCAUUCCAAUGCUCUGGAGAAUGACUUCGCUCGAUUUUCAGGCAAAGAUACAAUUGACUCUGCUGUUUUUGGUCGGCACGUUGGUUAUUGCAAUAACGAUUACACGAUUGCCUCUUAUACUGAAUCAUUCUGUCGCUCAAUCUACACGUUCUCUGGGGUCAACUCGGUUGCACAAUCAACCGUCGGCCUAUGUUGACCCGUCUUCAAUAUUCCAGCUUUCAUAUCGGCGCAGGGAUGAUAGUGCUAGCUGUCUGAACUCUCACCAAUUUCAGGCGACUGGCUCGAUCUGA